UCACACACAAUCCAAUCAAAACACACAGAGAGAAGAAAAACUCAGAAGAAAAGCCAAAGAGUGAAACAAAAAUGGCGUCGACGACUCUCUCAAUCGCAACAACAAUCCGUUCCUCAUCUUAUCCUACUCUCGCUUCCAUCAAUCACUUCCCUUCCCGAACCACCACCAUCGAAUUCCCCUCUCGCUUCGGUGGUGGUUCAUCAUCCACAUUGACCCACCGUGCAACCCAUCUCCGUCCAAUCGCCGCCGUCGAAGCUCCGGAGAAAAUCGAGAAGAUCGGAUCCGAAAUCUCAUCCCUAACCCUCGAAGAAGCUCGUAUCCUCGUCGACUAUCUCCAAGACAAAUUCGGUGUCUCCCCACUCUCUUUAGCCCCCGCAGCAGCGGCGGUUGCUGCUCCAGCCGACGGUGGCGCGGCGGCUGUAGUGGAGGAGCAAACAGAGUUCGAUGUGGUUAUCAAUGAAGUUCCGAGUAGUUCUCGUAUUGCAGUAAUUAAAGCUGUUAGGGCUUUGACUAGCUUGGCGUUGAAGGAAGCUAAGGAGCUAAUCGAAGGAUUACCAAAGAAGUUUAAAGAAGGUAUCACUAAAGAUGAAGCUGAAGAAGCUAAGAAGACUCUUGAAGAAGCUGGUGCUAAAGUCUCCAUUGCUUAAGUGCUUAUUGCAGUCCGGAAAUUUUGAGCAUAGACCUUCCACAAGGUACCACCCUCCUUGAGCUUUGGCCAUAGAUUUUGCGUGUACUUCACCUAUCGUUUUCCAAAGAUUGUUGUAAUAUUAGAAAAAAAGUCGUUACUCGUUUAGACAUAAAGGCAAAAGAAAAAGAAAAUUCACUCGACAAGAAUCUCUUGCAGCUGGUAACAACGCAAUAUCACUAUGUAUUUUAUUUUAUUUUUUGUGAUAACAAGUUAAUAUCACAAUGUAUUGUGAAUCACAAUGUAUUGUGAAAAUAAUAGUGUAUACAAUAUGUAUGGAGAUAUGAUCUAAUGUCUGAUAUAAAAUAAGUAUUCGGUUUGCUA